UGCCAUAAAAGCCACCGAGAGAAAAUCCACUGGGGAAAUGAACCUGGAGUCCUCAACCCAGCAACAAGGAUCCCUGUCUGCAAAGCAUGGGGACUCUUUGCCCAUACGUCAGUCCUUGAAUCCUUUGCCUCCUUCAGUAAAUCAGCCCAACAGCAAGACACUCACAGCAGAUGAUUCAGGAGACAGCAGCGAACAAAUGGAUUCCACAAGCCAGUGGAGUGAAGUCAGUCAGUUCUAUGGAGGGUCCAGCACCUUUUGCCGUUUUAGUUUGACAAUGGCCGAGCAGUACUUGAGGGAAGAAGAACUACGAGCCCGGCACCAGACUGCCCUCCUUCGACUCCGAGAAAAAGCCCUUCAGGAGAAAACCAAGGCAGAGCUGGCCUGGCUGGAGCAUCGGAAAGGCUGUCUGGAGAAUCUGCGAGACAGUGAGGAAGUGUCUGCUGUAGCUGAGAAGCAGCACAAAAUCCUAACCAGGCUGAAGCAAGAGCAGGCGGAAAUCCAGCACCUGCGAAAUAUCUACAGGGCAGCUCACCAGGAGAGAAAGCUGCUAUUAAAACAGCAGAGAGAAAUCUUACUGAUGCAGCAGUCAACAGCACAACUCCAGCGGGCGCUGCGUGGCUUGGCACAAGGGCCACAGUUUACAAACAGCUCAGCAGAUGCUGAAGAAGCAAUAAAGCAGAAGACUGGGACAAUUUCCAGUCCAGCAAUAUCCUCCAUGCCAGCAGAAGCUACAGCAUACUCACAAAGGCCUGUUCUGUCAAGGAAUGGAAACAGUUGUGCCCAGUUAAAUAAUACACUGAGCAGGAAAUACAAGAGCUUUCCUACUGAGAAAGAGAAAACAUCGCUGCAAGGCAGGCAACAGACAGAGCUGCCUCAGCGGUGGAAGCGAUGUUCAGGUGCACAAGAUCCUGAGGUGUUUGAAACAAUGGCCAAGGAACCAUCUGAUUCCAGUGAUCAAAGCACAAGCCUACUUGUGAUGGAUAAAGACUCUGAAAACACAGAGAUUAAUGCUCUCUUACAUUCGGAACACACAAAUUCAGCCAAAAUGGAUGAAGCUACACUCACCCCUGUUCCGAUAGAAGACAAAGCCCAUGAAUUCCUUGAUUCCGAUCAUAAGGAAAAGAAGUUUGUUUCAAACCGAGCACUAGCCCCUAAAGACAAUGAGGAUAUUAAUUCCCAUGACUGUAAUGCUACCUCAUCCUCAGUGGAAGAAUUAGAAAGUGAUACACUGACAAUGGAAAAGGUGCACAGGGUGCAAGGAGAAAGCCAAGAGACUGCAGGAGAAGACGAAGGCUCAUGCCAUCCAUAUAAGGCUAAUGAUGGUGACAGAGGGUCAGGGUUGAUAUCAGGUGGAACCUCAGCAGUGGAAGCACAGACAGGAAAAGGAAGGCAGUCAGAGGAGCCGAGGACAAAUGUGAACUCCAAACAAGACUCAGACAUCACUUACAUGGGUGUAAAAAAACUCCAGGUGUCUGAAAUCCUUCCACUGCAAGAUGUUCCAGUCAAUGAAAAAGAAGCGAAAGUAUCUGCACCAUAUGAGAAAAAUCCUGCUGAGGACAACCAGCUGAUUAAGCAUGUGGACAAUGAUCCAUGUGAUCCCUCUGAUGAAGAGCAUGCUUUGAAAACAUGUUCAGAGGGACUAGGGUCCACAGUAUCAUCCACUGAAUCACACGACUCCUCUCUGAGAUGUGAGAGUGUAAACUCAUACCACUCCCUCCCUGAAUUUCAUAAAGUGACUGCGGUUCGGUUCAAUGUCUCAGAAAGCUCUGUUUCAGACUCUGAAUUAGAACCUGAGGACACAGAUAUCAGCCUCCCUGAGGAGUUUACCAUCCAGCAACAACUGUGUGGUGGUGAUGAUGCUGAUGUGUUUCCUAACCCUUUGACAAAGGCACAGAUAGCAGUAAGUGACAGAAAUGAAUUAUUAUCCAGUGAUAUAUGUGAUGAACAAGUGCCCCACGAUGAUUGCAAUCGUGAGGCCUCAUCGCUCUUUCAUGGCUCUGAAAAACGUCUUGGAGAUGUUUCAGAAUAUGAGUAUGCUUAUGAAUCACAUUCUGUCACUUCCUCAAACAGCGAAAAGCCAACGAUAAGUGCCUCAGGUAGAGAAGAACCAUUUUCCUUUCAGUUCGAUAACACUGCUAAUGGAAGGAGCAAGCCGUACUUGGAAGCUUCAGCUCUACUGCCUUGCUCAGAAAACUGCAGUGUAAACAAGAUCCCCUCUCAGGGAAAAUCUGAGCAGCAUUCAGAUUCACCAUCCAGCUCCUUAUUGUAUAAUGAUGACUUUUGUACUGAGAAGACCUUUGAACAACAGGGUUCUGCAACUAGCAAAGCUGAAAAGGAUGGGGAAAGUUAUGAUUUAUCUGUUGGUCAGAGUAAAGUAGCAUUCACGUGGUUUCCAUCCGAAAGUUCCCUGAAGCAUCUAGAUGCUGUUCCUGAGCAGUUCAAUAACUGUGUAUUGCUUCCACCUAAAAAAUCCAUGACAAAUGAACAGAUGCCAUUGUUUCCUGUAGACUCUUCACUAGCCUCCAGAGACUCGUCAGGUUUAGAGGAAGCUAAAACUAAUCAGACAGAACUUUUAACUGAAGGACACAUAUCCAACAAACCAAACGAAAUUGCAUCGCCACACUUAUCAGUGCCCACAAGUUCUGAAGAGGCUCCUACAGAAGCUGAAGUCAGUUCAUUUGACACACAAACCUUUCAGAGGGUGGCUGCACAAAAUCAAAAAAACUCAGCAAGAGAAGGACAAACCUUCAAGAAACCUGAGAUGGUGCCGUCUUGUUCUAUCACCUCCAAAAAGCAGUUGCCACAAGCGAGACGCUGCCCUUCUGAGAGUGAAGAUGAUAUGAUUUUUAUCAGUGAUGAGGUUCUGCCUCCUAUUGAUAAAGAUACCUUGUCAGAAAUACUGUCUCCUGUUGAUGAAGUGCUAUCCUAUGGAAGUGUUGAUUUACCAUCAUCUAAUAAAAAAGAUUUGUCAUUGUACAGUGAGGACCUUCCCACACCACCGGAAGAGAUAGGUGGGAUAAAAAGUGGGGACAUUAGCUUCAGCACAGAAGACUUCCCUUCUCCGCCAGAACAAAUGACCUUCUCCGAGAGGAGAGAUUCACACUAUUCUCUGAAUGAAGAUGUGUCAGGACAAACAGACGAGUUACCCUCAUUAGGUGAUAACGCUAUGCCUGAAGAAUUGCCCCCACCAUCUUCAGAGUUAAUGGAUGUUUUUUCAGCUCAGGACGGGACUCUCUCUGGAGGUUGUUGGAGUAAAGAAAUUAUUUCAGGCGGAAAGGAGAACUUAUUAGAACAUGUGACAAUGGAAAACGAGACAACACUGCAGCCAUUAGGCUCACUCUGUAUGUCAAGUCCCACUUCUUCAGGUCAAACCAUUAAAAGGAUGGAACAUUUAAAGAAACAAAGCAAGCCAUUUUUAACGCUGUCCAAAGCUCAGGAAGAUCAUGACAACCCAUUAUUAUCAUUCGAAGUUGGAGACAGAGUAUUAGUGAAGCACAUCCAGCCAGGUACGCUGAUGUUCAAGGGGUGUACCUCUUUUGAUGAAGGCUAUUGGGCUGGCGUGGCACUUGACAAACCAGAAGGUGAUCAUGAUGGAACUUAUGGAGGAGUGAAAUACUUUGUGUGCGCUAAAUAUUUUGGCAUCUUUGUCAGACCUGAUCAAAUUUCACAUCUCUUGGAGGAUAAUGAAAAGAGUUCUGAUUACUCCAGGGAUGAAGACUCGUUCUCUGAUGAUGGAUCAUCCAGGGGGGACUACAAACGUGCUGAUGAUAACCAGCAGGGAACAGGAUAUACAGAGCAGAAACCUGAAGACACAUACAGUGCACGAGGUUCAGCACUGAAAGAAAACAAGUCUAGAUCGCACGCGUCCAUGCCAUCAGGAAAAGAGCACAAAGGACAGUUUCCUACCGAUGAGCGGUAUAUGUCCAAUGAAUUCAUUUGUCAAGCUGACUUUGUAUGUUUAGAAUCAGAGAAGGAAACAACAGAGCUAACACAGAUAAAGAAGGAGACAAUUGCAGAAGGUGUGCUUCCAAUGAGAAAUAAAGACAGUAACACAGAAGAAGUAAACAAGAGCAAACGUAUUAGUUGCUUGUUGAAAGACCAAGAAAGAAAGAAACUGGCUGAUGAUAUCUCAAGCGAGCUCACAAAAAAACUUUUGUAUGACACUUUAAGUGCAUUUUCUGAUACAACCGAACACAAAUAUAAAAGUGCCUUUGAAAGAGAACUGCGGAAUCAUGUUAAAGGCCUAAAAAAAGAAGGCAAUCACAGCACUAGCUUAUCAGAGCGAUCAGCUGAAGUUUUGGAUGUCUUACUGUGUGACUUUGACACACAUAGCAUUCAUGGGCCUCACACAGCACAAACAGUAGCAGAAAAAAUUGUAACUAAAUUUGUAGAUGAUGCAGUGAAAGAAUAUAAGAAAAUUAAAAGGAAACAAGGAGCUAAAGCAGACAUGAUGUUUCACCUAUCUUCUGAGAUUCCUCAAGGCUCUUUGCCAUUCCUUAUUAAGAUCCUCGAUGCUGGUGUUUUUGGAAGCUGUGAAGAUUUUGAUCAGCUCAAUUCUAUCCAACAUACUAAGGAAAUAAAAACUCAAAGGCAAACUCAGCAUAGAUUAGAUCACUGGCACUCAGCUCCUUGGAAGAAAACAAUGGAGGUUCCUCCGGUGGUACCACAUAAUAGUUCACAUGUGAAGAUACUGUCUGCACAUGCAGUAGAUGAACUAUGGACUCCUCAAAACAUUUGUUCAAAUUCUAGGAGGAUCAAUGUGCCAAAGGAUUUUGAAUGUAAUGACAUCUCAGAUGAUGAUCUGGAAGCAGAAAGCAAGAGGAUUUACAAUCAGGUUAUAGUUGAUUUAACUCAUGAGCUGCUACACGCAGAAUAUCAGGUGACAGCAAAUCCAAAUCCUCUUCCGUGGCUCAAAGAAAAUUUGGAUUCUCGCUAUUACAGACAUAUUUGCAGAAACACAGAUAUCAGUGAGGUCAAGUCAUUUAUUCAGGGAGAAAUUAUUAAGAUAAUGAACUUGGAAAAGAACAGCUUGGAGAUGAAGAGGAAACUCCUUAAUAUGACCAAGUAUGGAAAUUGUAAAAGGGACCGAGUGGAUCUUAUUCUGAUUCAGGAGCUCCACAAAGAAGAAUCUCAGUGGACUGACUAUGCUGAGGAUGAAUUAGCUGUGAAGAUGAGAGUUACUGAAGACAUUUUUGACAGCUUGAUCCUUGAUACAAUAGGAGUUCUUAAAAAGAUCUCUCUCAAAAGAACUUCUGAUUAGAUGUUUAUCUUCGAGCACACAGUGGUGCAGGUUUUAAGCUCUGUGAGUUUCAAUGCAAUGGUUCCAUAAGCACAUGCUUAAGAAUUUUUAUUCUGAACUUUGCAUCCAAUACCAGCAUCUCCUGGCUAAGUUAUAUGUUCAUGUUCACAGUGAAAAGGGUGCAAACAAUUGACUUAUAGGGAUGAAAAAAUAUCACACACCCAAAUAUGCACUGUAAAUAAUGUCUUCAUGGCAGCCCCACAUAUUCUGCUCCAAAAGGCCAAGAAAGGGUCAGCCCAAAAGAGGGGCCACCACAUCUGUGGUUAGGCAGAUCCUAUGACCCCCUACACACCUAUAGAGAGGCUGUGGUCAUUGUGGCAACCUACAGGCUGGAGUUGCAGUAGCAGCAGCUACAGAGCUACCAGCAGCUCUUCACUCUGACCCUGGAUUGUGGAAGUGGAUUUGAUCUCCCUAACCCCCUCCAAGCUCUCCCUAAUUUCUCAGGAUUUACGCAGGUGGAAUGGAUUUCGUUCCCAUAUGAGACCACGAUGCCUGCUCUGUGCACUAAUAUCUCGCCCUACUGCUCAUGUGCCUUAGAACCAUGCUGUGCUUUCUGCUGGUUGUGCUAAACCCCUCAGUUUCUUGAGAUAUUUAAGAUUAAAUUGGAGAAAGCAAAAUUAGACUGGAGCAAGAACAUACUAUACAGAAUGAUCCUGCGCUGGCUGGGGUAGGCAAAUGACCAAGUAGGUAUUUCUGUUUUAGUGUCUGUGCUCUUAUGUAAAUGAGACACCUACCAAUUGUUGGUACACUGUGAUGCACUUUAUAUGGGAUACUUCCUAUCAGCAGCCCAGUUUGAUGAAUGCUGUAUAUAUUUAUGAAAAUAAUUAGGCCUUUGGUAUGCAUUUAGCACGUGUGAGUUUGUUUGAAUUAUUAUAAUUCCCCUAAAAAGAAUGUAUGCUGAGCAUGUACGACUUGCCUGGGAAUGGGCAAAAUUGGGAAACUGAGGAAGUAGAGGAGGAAAAUAGGAUGAUCACAUUCCUUGAUCUAGAUAAGGUUUCCAUGUGUGCCCUGUACUUGCAUUUUUUUCAUAUUCAGAGAAGACCAAUGACUUUGUUACUGUUUUAAACAAACAUUGGCCAGUAGAGACUAGGCGUCUGAUUUGUUUGCAUAUGAUUUGUUAAUUGGUAUUUUAUUUAAGUUACCAAUAUACAGAAACUGCUUAAAACUGAGGAAUUAAAUAAUUAGUUCAGUUGAUUUAUUAAAUCUUACUCAU